CCCAAUUCCUUGAAGGUGUGACAAUCCAAAAAUUUGCAUGAGAUGUGCCGGCAUCCAGUGUUCAUUUUAGGAAACAAUGCCUGAAAUAGAAAGUCAAUUGUGGAUAUGUGUAAAAUCUUUAGAGAAAUACAUAUUCUGACUUUCAACCUAAAAUAUUGAUGUGUAGUCCAAUUGUGACUUAGUUUGAUGAUCUCGACCUUUGACCUUGCAAAUUUUACUCUUUUAGACCUCAGUUGGUCUUUUGUUAUUAAAUACACCUACAUUUGAAUCCCAAAAAAUAGGCCUAAACUUUUUUUACUUUUCAAAGUUACUGCAGGUCAACCAAAGGUCAGAUCUCAAUUCUAAGGUCAGAUUUGAAAUCUUUGUAGAUGAUGGUUAGAAAAAAUUUGGUCAAUUCGAAACAAUUUGAAAAAUGCCAUAUGUUUACUGUUUUUUGUGUUAUAUCAUAUUUUCAACUUUAUUUCCUAGAGCCUCAUUUCAAGUUGAAAUCCAUAUUCUGUAGUAUCAAAAUAUGAAUAGCAUAAACAUAAUUUCAUGUAAGAAAAUGCAAACCAUUGAAAUUCAUAGAAAAGUUUUAUUUAUGAUAGACUUGGGGUCAUAACUAUGAAAAGCCUAUAUCAGGUAUCACUAUGUGGAUAAAAGAGCUCAGAUGUCUGUUGGUUCUUCUUGCUUUGGUCAGGGCUGACCCAAAUUAUGAUACAAAACAUGCAGUCAUAGAUGGCGACUUAUACAUUGUAGCGGUAUUUGGCCUACGCUUGAAAGGAUGCACAGACAUACGAACCAAUUCUGGUUACCAAUACAUCGAUUCUGUUGUCCUUGCCCUUAAAGAAAUUAACAAGCAAAAGGAUCAGUUUCGAGAUCUUGGCGUCAAGAUUGGUGCCAUUAUUCUUGACGACUGCAAAGAUGGGUCCCGUGGUGUUCAGAUGGUUAAAGAUAUUUAUGAUGGGAAUUGGGUCAUCCGAGAUAACACAAAUGCUGCUAUCAACGUUUCUUCAAUAAUUGGGUUUGUGGGCUCUUCAAACAGCGAUAAAACGAUUCAGCUUGCCAAUUAUUUGAAAACAAAACAAGCAGCUUUGGUGGCCCCAUUUGCCUCCAGCCCUCAGUUGAGCGACAGGACAAGAUUCCCAUAUUUUGUCAGAACCAUUCCAUCUGAUGAUAAGCAGGGCCACGCCAUUUCAGCCAUGUUGAUUAAAGUAGGCUGGUUAAAUGUACAAGUUGUCAUUGAAGAAGGUUCUACGUAUGCGAGUGACUUGGCACAAAAAUUCAAAGAAGCUUUUGUGAAUGAAGAUCAAAUGCGUUGCAUUACUGCAACUUACCAUCUACAGAACAACACUUUAAGUGCCCAAGAGAUAAUCAAGGCCAUCAUAAGCAGCACCUCAAAAACAGAUGUGGUCGUUGUAAUUGGACGUCAAAACUACAUCAAGAGUUUACUUCAAGCCAAGAAAAACCAUCCUGAAGCCAAGCGCUUAGUAUUUGUGGGUUCUGAGACAUGGGCACAUGCGGAACAUAUUGUAGAAGGUGUCGAGGAAGCUGCAAUGGGAUCAGUGUCUAUUGCUAUAUAUGGGGAGGAUGUUCAAGCCUUUGAUAAACACUUAGCUAGCCUUAGAUACAACACAACACAGAACCCUUUCUUCAAUAUGUACUUCGAAGAUAUGUUCAAAUGCGGGGAGGGAGAGAACAAAACUUCCUGUGAUGUCACAAAGAAUGUCACUGGCCUUCUGCAUUAUUCCCAAGACACGUAUGUCAUUCAUGUGAUAAACGCAGUGUACGCACUUAGUAGAGCCACUGCUGAAAGACUUACGGAGAAAUGCAAACAAGAGGGUGUUACAACCGUGUGUGACAGUUUUAAAGAAGGAAACAUUGGAGAGGAUCUAACUAAAAAGAUGGAAGAAAUGUCCUUCAUGGAUAUAAAUAACAGAGAUUUUGAGAUGAAAGAUCGGGAGAGUGUUGAUGAAUAUGACUUUUUCUACUGGCAGCUAGAUGGAACCCCAAUGAAGAUUGGCAAGUUAACCACUUCUGAUGUGUUUUAUGGUGCAAAUGCGCAGAAUUUCCCAAAAGGAGAUUUCUAUGAUAAGCAGCCGGAGUCGCAGUGCUCUACUAGUGGAAGUAGUGCCAUCUAUAUGACUGGAGUUCUCUUUGCCAUGAUAAGCACUCUGUGGAUCAUUUUUUAACUGACUUUAUCAAGAAGCGUUUUAGGAUUUUGGAACAUUUAAUGUGAUAUUUUCACUGCAUUUAUUGAAAAACUUUUAAGGACACAGUUAGAGACAUUUUGGUUUAAUAAACAUUGCCAAGAGGAUAGUGACCAGAGAGAACUUUGUGAUUGAUUCCCCAUCAUAUGGAGAUAAAUAUCCAGAUAUUUUAUAACAUUGCAAACAAACUCUAAAAAAUGUACCAAUUGAGCUUUAGCGAGUAUGGAUAAGUUCAUUUAUUAUGUAUAACAUAUAUAUCAGGGGGUGGAAAAUUUGUAGAGUAUUUUCAUUUGAAAAAGAGGUAGGUGUAAUUCUAUUUGGUAGUCUGUGAACAUUUUGUCGUGUUUCCUUACCU